AUGGAAGGUCGAUUUGGUGCCAAAGAGCUGACGGAAACCAGUAGAGUGAAGUUCCAGCAGGCAAUGCAGAAUGCAGAAGAGUCCCUGGAGGAUUGGGCUGAUAGGGUGUUGACCUUGGCAACUCCUGCUUUCCGAAACCUGCCAGAAAAGCACUGCAUGCAGGAGGCAAUUUCUAAGUUUUGCCAGGGAUGUGUCGACAGGGAGGCAGGAAAACAUGCUUGCUUUGAGCGUCUCAGUGCGAUGCAGGAGGCAGUGGACUUAGUAAGGCAUCAUCAAUAUGUCACACAAGCUGUAGAUGGCAACCGAAAAUCAAAGUACGCUGUGAAUGCUGUGUCGGGUGAGGAUGACAGGUUGACGCGCCUGGAAAAGAUGGUUGAGCGGUUAACCUCAACCGUACAGUCCUUUUUACAGCGGAGGACAUUUUCACAGCCACGUUCACCAGGGUCGCCCCUUUUGUGCUCAAGAUGUGGCGAGGAAGGCCAUUUCAAUAGGGAUUGUACCAAGCCUCAAAAAACUACCACAAAGAACUUGGGAAAAUCCGGAGAUGGCAGGAGUCCUAUAUACUCCAACGGGCAGAUGGCAUCGGCCAAUCCAGACCGCCCAAAGAAGUAA